CAGACGCUUUACUGCGGCACCUCUCUCUCUCUCUUCGACAGCGACAGAAACUCACACUGACACACUGAACAAAUACACUCUGUGCCACUUUUUACACCAACAGUUCAGACGAAGCAGCUUCGGCUUGGCUUGCUGUCCUCAGCAUGGAAAAGAAAGCGGACGUGAAGGCCAUGAUGGCUCGCUUCCAAUCAGGUGGGGAGAGCAUUGAUGAUCCUUGUUCCACAUCGGCUGGACGCAUCAAACAACCCCUGCAGCCCACCCUCUCCUCCGGCCAGGCCAUACAGACAAAGAAACCUGUCUUGGAGAGCCUCUCAGGCAGUGCGAUACAUGUCCCUCCUAAACCCAAUUUUCUGAAAUCUAAAAGCGACUUACAGGCACAUGAACCAAACAAAGCUAAAGCCCUGGCUAGCAGGUUUGAGAACAUCCAGGACGACACUAACACGAAACCUUUCGUUGUUAAUAAACCCUUGAAGCCACCUUUUUCACAGACUCCUGAGGCUAAAGGCCCUCUACAGAAGCCACCGCUCAACAAGCAUCCUCUGAGCUCCACUCUGUCCGACGCUAAACCUGCCUUUCCCAAGCCGUCUCAAGGAUUCAACCCCAAGCCCAGAAGCAGCAUUGUAAAAUUGCGGCAGCAAAAUGAAGAGAUGGCAGGACCCGGCACAAACACUGCAAACAAACCCUCGCCUCCGCCAAACGUUGCUUUUAAGCCCCCGUCCAACUUCAAGACUGCUCAGAAUAACUUCAACAAGGAGUCAGAUAGCGAUGGGAAAGCAGAUGGAGCCAACAAACUGACCCUCAGUCCUGCUAGCUCUGUCCUUCCUCCAAAACCUCCAGCCAAUAAAAAACCCAGCAUCAAAAAACCUCGAAACCUUUCUCCUCAGACUAGCAGCAAUAUCAGUGAUGGAGCUUCAGGCCCAAAGCGUAACCCCCUCCCCAACAGCUUAGCUUUGGGCCCUCCUCCUGCCAAGCCCAACCGACCCCCCAGAGUAAACCUGGAGGGCUUUAAAAGAGGUGCCGUGGCCUCUGAUAAUGGUCCUGGCGCCUUUAAGAAACCCAUCAUCCCAACUCCUCUGGCCUCUCACCCCAGUAACAAUAGCAACCAUGUGACCCCGUCUCAACCCCCUCAGGCUGCAGUUCCUAGUCUGCCCCCACGAUACCCUGGAGCCACGAUCCUGCAAGAUGAGUGCUAUGAUGACAUUGAUGGUUUUAGCAGCUCUCCUCCACCUCUACCACCAUCUACAGGUCACCCAAGUCAGAGGGCAAAGGCCCAGGAGGAAGAUGAUGAUGAUGAUGAUGACGGAGAUAUGUAUGAGCCUCUUGAUGAACGAUGGGAAGUGGUUGAACAACAAGAAGAAAAGAAGAAGGAGAAAGACGAGAAGGAGGAGAAAAAACGACUGGAGGCUGAGAAGAAAGAGCAGAAGGAGCGUGAGAAGAAGGAACAAGAUGCCAGGAAGAAAUUCAAGUUGGUUGGCCCUCUGGAGGUCAUCCACCAAGGGAAGGCUCGUGUGGAUUGCCGAAGCAGUAAGAACGACCUUGCUCUGAAGCUGGGAGACUCUCUUGACAUCAUACGUGUCCAGGGCAACCCAGAGGGACGGUGGUUGGGACGGACGCAGGAUGGAUCCAUUGGUUACGUAAAGACCACUACAGUAGAAAUCGACUUUAACACCCUGAAGAAUCGUCAAGCUCAGCAGGCGUACGAACCCGAGGUAUACGAUGACAUCGACGUGGUCUCUACUGAUAAAAGUGGGAUGAAAGGACCAGGAGUUGUCCUGCCGCCGCUACCAGGAGACGACGGAGAAAUAUAUGAUGAUAUUCUUGAUUCAAACCUGGAAAUCAGUCCCCUGGACUCCAGGUCUUCUUCUACGAAGCCUCGUAGCUUCCUGCGGAUGUUUGAGCGGAGCAGACGUCCCAGCAACCCUAAAGUAGUGCCUCCACCCAGCCAGUUUACUGCAGAUGGAAAUACAGAAGGAGCAAUCGAUGAGGAGAUAUACGAUGAUGUUGACUCUCAAAAUUUGCCUCCCCUUCCUCCCAUCAGCAGCAUUCCACAUCUGAGAGGCAAAAGCAAGGCUGAAGAGAUGGACCCGAAGAAGCAGAAAAAGUUUGAGAGAGAGGAGAAGGACUUCCGGAAAAAGUUUAAAUAUGAAGGGGAGAUACAGGUGCUGUACCAGGUCACCAUCCCCACACUUUCCAAUAAGAAGUGGAAUGUGAAAGAGCUUGCAGUCAAAGCAGGAGAGAAACUUGACGUGAUUGUUAAGGCCGUGGAUAACAAACUGAUCUGUCGAAACGAGGAUGGCAAGUUUGGCUACGUAUCGACCAGCCACAUUGAUAUGAACGAUGGAGAUAUCUACGAUGACAUUGGAGAUGAUUGCAUCUAUGACAACGAUUAGAAACGUCCUGCACUGGGUUUGUUUUUUUUCAUUAAUUGUUCGUUUUAUUUAUUAUGUUUAUUGAUAAUACAUUGGGAGCUGCUUUUGGUUAGCCUGAUAAUCAUCAUUUAUAAAUAUCAUUAAAAAGGUUGAAUAAUUUGGAAAAGUUGGCGAUGAAUCAGAGAUCUGGAAACAGGUUAGCAUUAAUUCCUUUGAAUUAUGUGAUUUUAUUUUUCGUUUCCUCAAAAACAACAAAACUAAACAAUUUGACUUGCGGCAUUUCAUGAAAGUGGAAAACGUUUGUUAGAACAGUAUUUGCUUAUCUCUGUCUGCCUUUAGAAACUCCACAGCACUGUAUGUACAUGUAACCUUCUACUUUGUUUUGCCUUUUUAUAAUAAUAGUUAUUUGUUGUAAACAUGACUUGCUAUAUUGUCUUUAGUUAAUGCCCAUGAUACGAUGCUGUGUGUAUAAUCCAUUGCUAUCUGUGCUAUACAGUGCCAAUGUUCCUCUUUAAUACUGUACAUACAAUUAUGAAAAACAUAAAUACAAUUAAGAUAUCUCUCUUCACAA